CCAAGUUCACUAGGUGGGCUGCUGAGAUAGAUCAAUUUGACUUUGAGCUCAAACCCGUUAAAGCUUGAGUCCUUGGACGGCCGACCAAUUGACCAAGAAGAUUCCAAUUCCGUAAUGAUUUCAUCCGCCUCCUUGUCAUCGUCGUCAUCAUCAUCAUCAUCAUCAUCAUCAUCAUCAUCAUCAUCAUCAUCAUCAUCAUCAUCAUCAUCAGAUAUGGAUGAUGAGGAUGUGGAGAUGGAAGAACGUGAUUACGAUACUGAUGGUGACGAUGAGCUGCAGCAAGGCAGGACAUGCGGUGCUUCACUUGCAACUGGAAAUGAAGCCGGUUCCUCAACAACGAACUGUUCAGCUUGCAAUACCAGAACCAAUGAGGUCCCAGUCUCCAGCACAGUCGCCAUCUCCAUGGCCCCUGUCUCCACGGUCCCGGUCUCCACGGUCCCAGUCUCCAUGGUCCAGGUGUCGGACACCAAGGGCAGCCUGGCCGGUCCUGAUGGCGUGGACGGCAAUGGCACCAAGCGUGACAAGAGGGACUGGAAAGGAAGACCACGAGGUCCCGACAAAUCUGCGAAACAAUGUGCAGCAGAGAAGGAACAGUCAAGGAUGCAAUACUGCAGCAGUAUGAAAGAGCACAAUGACUGCUCUGAUGACGGUGAAGAAGAUUUGUCAUCAAGUCGGCUAGAGUUCCGAUCGACGGCUGGUAGAAGUUGUGUUGACCCGGGAGCAGAGCCCUACAGGGAGCAAUUGCCUGGGAAGAGCAGCAAAGGGGGAACUUUAAGAAUAGAAGACAGCAAUCAAGAUAAUGAGAUAGGAAGUCCUAGCAGCGACCGGGCGUUGGCCGCGACGGAAGCAUGGGCCAGUUCAGAGGAGAAGGCCAACUUCGUCAGAUGGCGGAGAAACAGCAACAGAAGAGAAAGAAUGUGUCAGAGGGAUCUGAUAGGAGCAGGGAACAAAUGGGGUCUUGAUGAUGACAAUGAAGAGCCAGGGAGUUCUGUGUUGGACAGGUUAAAAGCAUCUGACGCAGAGAUCAGCAGCCUUAUGGACGAGUUGUGGGAGAGGGAGGUGGCUUUGCUGCGCGACGGGCUAACGGAUGACUUCAUCAUCGCUGAGCCGGUAAUCCCCCGGAGGCAGAUGCAGCGCAAAGCCCGAUUCCACCAGGAGGAUGGAAAACAUCCAACGAGCGGACAAGCUCCACAAGGUUCCGACAAGAAUCGUACACGACCACCGUCAGCAGCGACAUCCCCACCCCACGCGUCAGCAACAGGACGAGGAAAAACCGGACGCUCAUUCUUCCGCCAAUCAUCAAGACCAGCGCGCAGACAGUGUAGGGCUGAAUCGGCCUUAGCGGCGGCGUCCCUUCCACCCACCUCCCGGCCAGUGUACACGCACCAGGUUGCGGCAUCAUUCCACGAGCGACACCGAGGUGAGGAUCAAAUGCAGGAUGGCGGGGACGUGGGAAGACCUUCGACAAUGCGACGAUGCCACGGAUACUACAGCGAGAAGCAGCACACCGCCAAGGAGCAGCAGAGGGACCACCAGAAGCAGCAGGAGCAGCAGAGGGAGCCGGCAGUACAGGUCGGCCAUGAAUUGCACGGUGGAGAGGGCAGCAAUGAGCAAACAAUGGCGGAGAAGGCACAAGUCUUAUCGGACGUGCAGCAUGUGAUGACAUGCAUAGGAAUACGGCGUUUGUGAAGAAACCUCUUUUGUGGAUGGAGUGAAGGUGCCGCCGGGAAAAAAAAAAAAAUUCCGACCGUUGAUGCUGGCUGAAAACAAUGUC